AAAUAAGAACAGCUAAAAACAUGGCAGGGAGCCGGAAACAACAACAAAUAAGAAACAAACCUUAAAAGAAUUAAAACUAUACUACAGUGAUCGCCUUUCUGCUGUUAAUGACACUGUGACUAAUUUUCAUUUUGUACCCCUCAGUCAGUUUCAUUGGACGCUUCUGAGCACCUGCUAAUGUUUAUUUGUUCAUUCAUUAGGAUGGAGCAGGAGCCCCGUUAGAUCCGUGAAGGGGACAUGAAGCCACAAAGAUCCGGCCCUAUUUCUGUCUAGGCCAGUAUCCUGCCCACCAGAUGCCUCUGGGAAAGCCUGCAAGCAGGACUCAAGAUCCCUUCCUUCCUUCCUGCUUGCGAUUCCCAGCAGCCGGUGCUCAGAGGCAUACUGGUUGCCUCCAACAGUGGAGGGAGAACAUUGUGGCUAGCAGGCCCUGAUCACUUAAUCAGCCCUCAGCUAAUUUGCCCAAACUCCUUUUCAUCUAAACCACUCUAGCUGUCACUACAUCUUAUGGCAGGAAAUUCAAGGAGUUGACUCAGUAGAAACUUGCAGAGCGGGGUGCAUGGAAGUCGUGCUUGGGGAAGUAAUUGCAUUCUUGCUCUGCCCCGGUUAUCAUCCCCCUUUGCAGUAAGCGUUCACUCCUUUGACUUCAUGAGCUUAUGAAUACUUACUUGCUUUCUUACUUUCCAGGGAAGGCAGAUUGCCCCUAUUAUGCUAAGGCAGAACUCCUUGCUGAUUAUUUGCAGAAAAAUCUGCCUCACUUCAGGAUACACAAGAUUACUCAGCAUCCAGACAACUGGGAGAAGUGGCUGCAGGAGAUCUGUGAACAGAAUGGAUGGAAACAUAAGCGCUCUCCAAUUAUUUGGAGGGAAUUGUUGGACCGUGGAGGAAAGGGACUUCUUCUGGGAGGAUUCAAUGAAUUCCUUGAACACGCCCAGCAAUACUAUAACAUCACAUCCGACAUGAUGACUGAACAGAUGCUCUUAAUAGCCAAGGAGAACUUGCAGACUCACAUAGUGAUUGACCAAGAGGAGGAAGAACUUAAAGGCCUUAUCAAUCCAUUGCACAUUUGGAUAAACAGAGCAUCAGCUAGUAUCUGCUAUCAUCUGAUCCCUUUGUUAAUCAAUGGGGAAAUAUUUGGAAUGGAAACCGAGAUCAGCCUCCACUUGCUUGACAGAAAGGGCUGCGAAGAACUUCUUGAAGUUAUCGUUAUGGAGACUGAGGACUUGGCAUCCCCUGUCCUUCGUGGUAUCACUUUGUACACUGAACUGGACGACCAGACUUUUCUCGAAGCUGAAGUCAUCAUUUUGCUUGAUGACGUCCUUCAAGAGGCAAUCCCGUCUCAUGAGGAAUGCAUCCAGCAAGUUACCACUCAAUGUGAAAUAUAUGGUCCUCUGAUAGAGAAGAAUGCCAGAAGUCAUGUCAGGGUUGUUGUGAUGGGGAAAACCUUUGUCAACCUUAAGGCGUUGAUGCUUAUUACACAUGCUCCGUCCAUCAACCCUCAGAAUAUCGUCACUGUAUCCCUGCUCUUGGAAAAUGAAGCCAAGGCCAUGCUGGCGAGAAAAAUGGGGAUGCAUCCAGCAGGAAUAAAAAAUCUCGUAGUCUGGGGUAAUAUCAGUGGGAACAGCUUCAUCGAUCUGAGUAAAACACAGCUCUAUAGAUAUGACAGCGCCAUCUGGGGCCCACCAAGCUUUUCCCGUGAUUUGAUGGAUGUCCUCUUUGAUCGGUAUUUUUUGGUGAUACUUUUGAUUUUUUUAAAAACUGGCUUUUAUGCCAUCCCUCCGAAGAGUCCCUCCGAAGGUGUUUGCACCUUACGCAUCGGCCCAAGACCUUUGCCUCUUUCGUAGUCUCUUGCAUUUUACAACACCAAAGUCUACUCUACAGUGCUUUGGGGCAUUGUGAUGGUAUCUGAAAAAUCUUAAACAAAAAACUGAGAGCAUGCAACUCCAAGGCUUGAAAAAUGGAAAAAGUAUUCAUGUGCUAAGAAGCAGAAGCAUUGUUCUUUUCAGGACUCAGUUCUCAGGACAAAAUCCCCAAACUGAGCCCAGAAAGGCACAAGAAUGCCAGUGCUUCCGUUUACCAAAUGCAGCUUCCAAGUGAAAAGCAAAGGAAGUGUGAAAAAGAAUAUUCUAAAUUAAGCUUCUCUCCUGAUCUUUACUUCCACCAACAGAGAGAGCUCUGCUCCAAAUCAAAGCUUCUUCAAUGCACUUUUGAACCUCUGUGGCAUGUUACAUAAGGAGCAGCAGCAUUACCUAAAACCUGAUUUGGUGCUUUAAAGUUAUUAAGGUCAAAGUAUUUAAUUAAGAACUAAAUGGUCUAGUUGUGGCAAGGAUCAUAAGCAGCAAUAGCUCCAGUGCUCUGUUAGAGUCAUACCAUGUAAGGAUCUGAAACACAUUUUCCCACCCAAAAUACCGUAGUAUUGUUACUAUUAUUUAUUAAAUUCGUUAAAUGCUGGUUUCUAGAUUUUGCCCUGAAGUACAUCUAUACAGU